AUGCCUCCUACACUCGGUGAAGCUGUUCCUAGUACUACUGUCUCCAUCGCCCCUCUCAUUCUCCUCAGCGCCUGUGAUCACUAUGGUCGCUCAGCAAAGGGAACUAGGAGAAGAGUGGUCGGUGUAUUACUUGGUCAAAAUAACGGAUUAGACGUUAGGGUAACAAAUAGUUUCGCCGGUACAGAGCCCAUCAUCUCCUUCAACCUAUUCCGAUGGAGAGCUAAUGCUGAUGAUGAUGACACCCGCAGUUCCAUUCGAAGAGGACGAAAAAGAUCCGGCGGUUUGGUUCCUUGACCACAAUUAUGUUGAGUCCAUGAACGAUAUGUUUAAGAAGGUCAACGCCCGUGAGAAGCUUAUCGGCUGGUAUCACUCUGGGCCCAAACUCCGCGCGUCUGAUCUCGAGAUAAACGAGCUAUUUAAACGAUACACACCCAACCCUUUACUGGUUAUCAUUGAUGUGGAGCCUAAGGAGCUCGGGGUACCUACCGAUGCUUACUUCGCUGUCGAGGAGAUCAAAGACGUAGGUUUUACCGCAAGCUAGAGCCUCUGAUUGGGUUUGGAGAUGGUGUUUGAUGUUUUUCUCUGAUGCUGGAAGCUUGGAUUAACGUUUCCGUUGGCAGGACGGGACCACCACUACCAAGACUUUUGUUCACACGCCAUCGAUAAUCGAGGCCGAGGAGGCGGAGGAGAUAGGUGUUGAGCAUUUGCUCCGCGACAUCCGAGACGUUGCCGUUGGCUCGUUAACCACUCGGGUCAACUCCCAACUCCAAUCUCUUCAAGGCCUCCAUCUCCGCCUCCGGGAUAUUGGAGCCUACCUUGAAAAAGUUCUUAGUGGCCAACUCCCAGUGAAUCAUGCUAUCCUUGGAAAUCUUCAAGACGUUUUCAACCUGUUACCCAAUCUUUCAACUCCAUCCUCGACAGACGGCGAAGAGGGUCACAACAACGAUUUGGCCCGGGCUAUGAGUGUCAAGACAAACGACCAACUGAUGGCCAUCUACGUUUCUUCGCUGAUCAGGGCUAUCAUUGCCUUCCACGACCUUAUCGAUAACAAAAUCAAGAAUCGGCAGGACCAGGCUGAGGAGAAGGAGAAAGAGGAAAAAGAACGAGCGGAGAAGGAGAAGAAGAUGGCCUCCUCUCCCGACAAGGAUGGUUCUUCCGAGAAGGGGAAGGAGGACUCACCUAAGGAGAAAAAGAAGGGAGACAAGGAAUAGACAUGACAUAAAUGUUAUAUAAAGGGCACUAUAUGUCGAAACUUUGGGAAAGUAAAGAAAGUGCCGGCCUGGAGGUCAUAUCCCCUGUAGCAUAACGACUAGAAUUCUGGUAUCUGGUCGUGCUUUUCCCCAAAACCUCUUUGUUAUGCGAAUGCAGGAUACCAAAGCCAACCUCAUGGUUUGGAUUGUCCCUACAGUAAUUCAAACGGGCUUCUGGCUAUUGUCCUAAACUCACUCAAAUUUCUCCCGAGAUCGCCCGCUCCCUCAAAGCGAUUAUCCGGGGCCAUGGAGCCUUCUCUUGUGCUCGAGUAUAGUGUCAGAAGGCAAU